CCAAGGGCGGGAGUGCUUGGGAAUAAGCCCGGGUGGCCAGGACCUUCGGGGGUGGGGAUGGACGCGGGAGGGGAGGAGUAAUGAGGCCACAGGCUGGGACUGAAAAGGUGACUGGGGCCAGGCUGCGAGGCGCCCUAAAUCCGCGGCAUGCACUUUAAGGGUGUCACCAUGCGGAAGUGGGGAGCCCCGGGAGGUUCGGGAGCAGAGUCUCCAGUGAGCCUCCCUGGAGACUGGCUGUGAUCAUUUCUCUUGCAAAGUCCGGCAGACAGGACUGGAUGAGUGCCGGGCCCUUUGACUCUGCUCAGGUCAGGGGUCGAAUCUCUGGGGCCAGCCGUAGUCCCCGAGGGCCCGGAGAGGCUCCCAGACUUGCGGCCGCUGGCGCGGUAGAGACCCUGCGGCGACCUCGGGCGCUACGGCACUGCGACGCGGGGCGCGACCGCCAGAUGUCGCUGUGGCGCCCCCGCGCGGCCCUGCGCUCCGCCCGCCUCAGGAAGGCGCCUGCGGCGGGUCGGAACCGACCACGGAGGCCACGGGGGAGCUCGCGACGGGGGGCGGGGCUGAGGCCUACAAUACUGGCGGCCUCCGGCGCGUUCUCCCCUCAGUCGGCUACGUGAAGUGGUUCGGUCCGGCCGUGCGGCGCUCGCCGGUUCCGGGACUGGCGGCGCGGGCAGCGGCGGACCGCGCACCGGCGAGCACCGGCGUCUCGGGCUCCGUCGCGAUGCUGGGACUGCUCGUGCCGUUGCUGGGCCUAGCGCUCGCCUACUUCGCGCUGCUGGACGGGUGGUACCUGGUGCGUCUGCCGUGCGCCGUGCUGCACGCUCGCCUGCUGCAGCCGCGCGUCCGCGACCUGCUGGCGGAGCAGCGCUACGCGGGCCGCGUUCUGCCCUCGGACUUGGACCUGCUGCUGCACAUGAACAACGCGCGCUACCUGCGGGAGGCUGAUGUGGCGCGUACCGUGCACCUAGCCCGCUGCGGCGUGCUCGAGGCGCUGCGCGCGCUCGGGGGGCGCACCGUGCUGGCCGCUUCGUGCGCGCGCUACCGCCGCUCGCUGCGCUUGCUGGAGCCCUUCGAGGUGCGCACCCGCCUGCUGGGCUGGGAUGACCGCGCCUUCUACCUGGAGGCGCGCUUCAUCAGCCUGCGCGACGGCUUCGUGUGCGCGCUGCUGCGCUCCCGCCAGCACGUGCUGGGCACCUCUCCAGAGUGUAUUGUGCAGCACCUGUGCAAGCGCAAGUCGGAGACAGAAGCCGAAAUGCAGCCUGGGGCCCGAGGCCCCUCCCCAGGGCCCGCUUCUCCCAGCACAGCACAGCGGCUGCGGCAGCUCGGAGCCAGGCCCUGGGGACAGCCCAGUGCCACGGAAGCAGUGAUGGCAAGGGCAGGCUCCUGCUGCAGGCGCCUCCUGGAAACUGGCGUGGAGCCUCUGUCCAAGCUGGGGCCUGUCCUGACGGCUGGGUGCCCUCGGGCAGGACGGACGCUGCCCUCUCUGGGAAGAGGAGGUGGAGCCUCCCGAGCUGCCAGAAGACCUGCGGCACUGGAUUGCCUACAACGAGGCCAGCAGCCAGCUCCUCCGGGCCGAGAGUGGGCUCAGCGCCGUUGGCAAGGACCAGUGACCGCCCCCCCGCCCCCCCAGCCAGCCUCUGCCUGGGCAGGUGCCUGCUCAUCCCUGCCUGCCAGGGGGCAGAGAGGCAGGUUGGGCUGGCCAGGACAGGCUGUCCCUCGGAGCUGGCGUGGCCUUGUGACCGCCUAGCCCCCUUCCCCCGGCUCGGCCCCCUGCCGCUCCCCCAUUCGUGACGCCCUCUGCGACCCACACCUCGCUGAGCAUGGGAUGGGGUGACCUGGGCACGCUGACCCACGUCUGCCCUCUGGGUGGAGACGAGGUGGGGGGCCCGAGGCCCUUGGCAGGCAGGCUGUGGGGGCGGUUGGGGGGCCAGGCUUUCAGGGGCUCCUUGGAGCACGGGGACCCUCUGGGGCGCCCUGAGCACCCGCAUCUCAGGGCGCUCCCUCCGGCUGCAGGCUGGGGGGCGGGGCCCGCAGGACAGGUCAGAGGCCUGGGAGGCUGACUGAAGGGUGCUUAGCGGGGGCCCUGGCCCCCGGGGCAGGGCGGGCCUGCCGGGGGUGGGGCGGGGCAGAGGUCACUGGGCUCCUGCGGGGGUGGUGAGCCUCCCGUAGCUGCAGGGUGACCGAGUUGGGACCUGCCACUCAGGAGAGAGCAAAGCAGGGCAUGGGACUCUGCCUGGGUGCCCUGGGCACCCUGCCCUCCUCUCUGCACACCCGCAGGGCUGCGCCGCGUGACCCCGGGUGGGCACUGCCCUUGCCUCACAUCCCGGCCUGCCGAUGGUUUGGGGGGGCCGCCUCUCUGGAUGGGAGGGGUCUUCUUGGCCUUGUUCCAGCGGCCCCUCCCGGCGGCUGCUCUCAGGGCGGGGACACUGGCCGAGGCCGCCUGCUGCAGCCUGGCACCUACCUGUGGGCCGGGAGCAGGGAGGCCUGGGAAGGAGCGGGAACUGGCCGAGAGCCCCGGAGGCACCGAGCAGGGGGGCCCCAGCCCGGGCUCUGCCUCAUGGCCGCAGAUCCCUGGCUGGCUGGCGACACGGGUCAGGGCCCUGGGUGUGCGACCGCUGCUCCCAGAACUGUCUCCUUGCAGCCUCCUCCGGGAAGCCCUCCGCCAGCGAGAGCCGGAGCACAGCGACGCCGGACUCCACCCCCCCCCACCCCACCCCUGCUGCCCGCCUCCAGCCGCCGCUGGAGAGCCGCACUGUCUGUUUCACGUGCAGAACGCCCAGGAUUAAAGGGCCUGAACUGGGA